CUUCCAUUCUUAUAGUUUCUUGUAUAACUUCACCUUCUGUUUAAGACAUGUUGGGAAUCAAGAUAGAGUAGUAGUAUGAUUAAAUUAGGGAAUAUAAGUGAGAACAAUUCUUAUUUUCAUAGGUUUUGUUGAGUUGAGUUAAGCCCAAUUCAUUAUUGAAGAUGAUAUUAUACUCUAUUCUAACAACAUUGUUAGACUUAUCAGUACAAUAUUUUGUAUAGAAGUUUAAGACCAUUAAUGGAGGUCAAUAGUGUAAGUAAGAAGGAAGAGAAUUUCAUGGUUGAAUCAGAAAGAGAAAAGGAGCUGAAAGCAUUUGAUGAGACAAAACUUGGGGUGAAAGGACUUGUUGAUGCAGGGAUUACCAAGAUCCCUCGCAUAUUCUAUCAUCCACCCGAUACCUUCAACAGGGCCUCUGAUUUAGGCCAUAAAGAUUAUGCUAUUCCUAUUGUAGAUCUUGCAAGGAUUCAUGAAGAUCAUAGUGAACGCAGAAGGGUUGUUGAGAGAGUGAAAGAAGCAUCAGAGACAUGGGGUUUCUUUCAGAUUGUGAAUCAUGGCAUUCNUGUGAGUACUCUAGAGGAGAUGAUAGAUGGGAUACUAAGGUUUCAUGAUCAAGAUAGUGAGGUGAAGAAGGAAUUUUACACUCGUGAUCUAAGACCCUUUAUUUACAAUAGCAAUUAUAAUUUAUAUACCACAUAUGCAAUUACUUGGAAAGAUUCUUUCUUCUGCAACUUGGCUCCUAAGGCCCCUACACCAGAAGACUUGCCACCUGUAUGCAGAUACAUUUUGCUGGAAUACUUAAAUCAAGUAUUGAAAUUGGGGACUUUAUUAUUUGAGUUAUUAUCAGAAGCUCUUGGCCUUCAUCCAACUUAUUUAACUGACAUUGGUUGCACUGAGGGCCUUUUUUCUUUUAGCCAUUACUAUCCUGCAUGUCCUGAGCCAGAAUUAACAAUGGGAACUAGAAAGCAUGCUGAUGUUGAUUUCAUCACAGUGCUUCUACAAGACCGUAUUGGUGGCCUCCAAGUUCUUCAUCAGGACAUGUGGAUUGAUUUACCUCCUCUACCUGGGGCUCUGGUUGUUAACAUUGGUGAUUUUUUGCAGAUUAUCUCAAAUGACAAAUUUAAGAGUGCUCAACACAGAGUACUGGCCAAUUCUAUAGGUCCAAGAGUCUCUAUUGCAUGCUUUUUCAGCACUGGUCGUCAUCCAACUUCAAGGAUUUAUGGUCCCAUCAAGGAACUAUUAUCUGAAGACAAUCCUGCAAAAUACAGAGAAUUUUCCAUUCCAGAUUUUUUAGCUCACUACAGAAAAUGUUUGGGUGGUACUUCUCCACUACUGCAUUUCAAGAUUUGACUAGAAAAAUGUUGUCAAAAGUGACCACAACCAUAAAUCACUACCUUGGAUUCAGAGAGUACUUAUGGUAUUGAAUUCCUCAAAUUCUAGAACGUUCUCUACAUAAAUAUCUUGAGAAUUGUUCAAUGAAAAAUUGAUAUUGAAGA